AGCUAGCUCAGCAAAGAAGUCAACCAGAAAUUUGGACUGGAAGAGAUGGAGGCUGUGUACCACAGCCGUCACUAACAGCUGGUUUUCAAUUUAAAUAGUACUUGGAAUCAUAAAACCACUGACAUUCCCUUCGUGACACAGGGGUCAAAGGUCAGGCUGAGUCACCAUGGAGUCCAUGCUGAACAAGCUCAAAAGCACUGUCACCAAGGUGACGGCCGACAUGACCAGCGCCGUCAUGGGCAACCCGGUGACGCGGGAAUUUGAGGUGGGCCGCCACAUCGCCAGCGGCGGGCCCGGCAUGUGCUGGAGGAUCUACAACGGAACCAAGAAGUCAACCAAACAGGAGGUGGCUGUGUUUGUGUUUGAUAAGAAGAUGGUGGAGAAGUAUCAGAAGUUUGACAAGGACCAGAUCAUUGAGUCUCUGAAGAAAGGUGUGCAGCAGCUCACCAGACUGCGUCACCCUCGUCUGCUCACUGUCCAGCACCCACUGGAGGAGUCGAGGGACUGCCUGGCGUUCUGUACAGAGCCAGUGUUUGCCAGUCUGUCCAAUGUGCUGGGUCAGUGGGACAACCUGCCCAGCCCCGUGCCCACAGACAUCAAGGACUACAAGCUGUACGACGUGGAGACCAAGUAUGGCUUGUUGCAGAUCUCGGAGGGCUUGUCAUUCCUACACAGCGGGGUGAAGAUGGUCCAUGGGAACCUGUGUCUGGAGAACAUCAUCCUUAACAAGAGCGGAGCCUGGAAGAUCAUGGGCUUUGACUUCAGCAUCUCCUCCCGCCCUCCCUCCUUCCCUCAGCCCAAGUAUUCCUGUAAGGAGUGGGAGCCCAACCUGCCGCCGCUCUGCCUGCCCAACCCAGAGUAUCUGGCCCCCGAGUACAUCCUGUCGGUGAGCUGCGACGCCGCCUCGGACAUGUACUCACUGGGCGUGGUGAUGCACGCCGUCUUCAACGAGGGCAAGCCGGUGUUGCAGGUCAACAAGCACGACAUCUUCAAGAGCUUCAGCCGACAGCUGGACCAGCUCAGCAGACUGAGCCCCACCAUGUUGAAUAAGAUUCCUGAGGAGGUGAGGGAGCACGUCAAGAUGCUGCUGAGUGUCACACCUAAUGUCCGGCCUGACGCUGACCAGAUGACCAAGAUCCCCUUCUUUGAUGACGUGGGGGCGGUGACGCUGGCCUACUUUGACUCCCUCUUCCAGAGGGACAAUCUGCAGAAGUCCCAGUUCUACAAAAACCUGCCCAAGGUCUUGCCCAAGCUACCCAAGAGAGUGGUGGUGUAUCGUAUCCUCCCAGCCCUCACCUCAGAGUUUGUAAACCCAGACAUGGUGCCGUUCGUCCUGCCCAACGUGCUGCUGAUCGCAGAGGAGUGUACCAAGGACGAGUACGUCAGACUCAUCCUGCCGGACCUCAGCCCUGUGUUCAAGCAGCAGGAGCCUGUCCAGAUCCUGCUGAUCUUCCUGCAAAAGAUGGACCUGCUGCUGACCAAGACCCCACCGGAGGACAUUAAAAACAGCGUUCUGCCCAUGGUCUACAGAGCCCUGGAAGCCCCCUCUAUCCAGAUACAGGAGCUGUGUUUGAACAUAAUCCCUACCUUCGCCAACCUGAUUGAGUAUCCCUCCAUGAAGAACGCACUCAUCCCCCGCAUCAAGUCUGCCUGUCUACAGACCUCCUCACUUGCAGUGAGGGUGAACUCCCUGGUGUGCCUGGGGAAGAUUCUGGAGUACCUGGACAAAUGGUAUGUCAUUGACGAGAUCCUUCCCUUCCUGCAACAGAUCCCCUCCAGAGAACCAGCCGUACUCAUGGGGGUUCUAGGGAUCUACAAGUGUACCUUCUCCCAUAAGAAACUGGGCAUCCCCAAAGAGCACCUAGCUGCCAAAAGAGUCAAAUGACAAACUCAUCUAGUCUCGCUUUAACAGUAUUGCUGCUUUUUAUGUUAUUGUUGUGGUUCUGACAACAACCUCAAUCUGUUUCAGUUUAACUCCUUCAUGGCUGUGAUCAAAGACAUGCUGACUCGUAUGGAGGCAGAGCACAAGACCAAACUGGAGCAGCUACACAGCAUGCAGGAACAACAGAGGAGUAUGAAUAUUAAUACUAGUCAGACCAACCAAUCGGAAGAGACGAAACGCACCCCUAGCCCUGGCAACCAGAUUGAUGACGUCUUUGGAGGGAGUUCUGGGAGUGCAGGGGUUAAUGGGAAAGCGAACGGAAACUCUGCAUCAGCUCCCCAACUCAACAGAAUGUCUCUGACUCUGGAGGAGAAGCAGCGGUUAGCCAAGGAGCAGGAACAGGCAGCCAAACUGAGAAACCAGCCAGCGCUAGCCCCCCAGAGUAUCAAACCAGCUACUCCUUCUACCCAGGCCAAGGACCUGACCAGCUGCCUGCUGAACAAUAUGACAUCCCUGGGCAGCCUGUCCCUCACCUCUCCCCCCAGACCAGGCCUCAUCCAGGGCAGCACCAUCUCAACCUACCCCUCCACCACCCCCAUGGGCUCUAUGGCCAGCAACGGCUACAACCCAACCAUGAGUUUCCAGACAGGUGGGCAGGGCAUGCGGCCCCCCGGCCCCGGCCUCUACGGAGGGAUGGCCACCACCACCAGCACCCCUAACUUUGGCGCCCUAACCCACAACCAAGGGAGUAUCAACACCCCUGACAUGUCUGCCCUGGACUCCUUAUUCACUUCCAACAAGCCCAAAGUCAGCCUCAACCAAAUGGCUCCUCCCAAGCUCACCCCUGGGACCACCGCCACCCCCUGGCUUAAUCAGUUUGGUUCAGCCCAGCCCAGUCAGACUGCCCCGAUGCAGGGCGCGCCUUUAGCCAUGGGAGGGGUGACCAGCGGGUUCGGGAUGCAGGCCAACCCUUUCUUCAGCCCGCAGAACUUCUCUCAGCCCACGGCUGCUCCCGUAAUGAACACGGGUGGUGGGCUCAGACACAGUUCGUCCAUCAACAACGACCUGAAAGACCUAUUUGGCUGAAAACAACUUUCCCCUCUUUUAAUGAUGACAGACUGACGAAAGGGGAGGUGGACUUUUGAACUGCAAACAAGAAGAAAGACAAAUCCACUUUUUGGACCGACUGUGAAAAUGAUGAUGAAAUUCACUUGAUAUUUGUUGCUAUUUGUAUUUUAAUCUUCUGUGGUUUGGGUUGCAGUGUGGUUCUUCUAAGCUCCCAUUGGACUGAACACUGAAGACUCAGCUUUUCAAUCUGCACGUGGAGUCCAAACCGUCUUGACUAGAGAGAGAGAGAGAAAAAAGAAGACACUUACGUUGUGUUCUGCUCUCAGUAAUGUUUGUGGGGGUUUCAUAUGGUUUCUUACCGGAGACACUUUGGGGUGAAAGGUUUAUUCUAGAAUGCAUCUCUUCUCCAUAAUCCCUGUUCUAUGUGCUAGGAUGAGCAGUGGCAUGGAGACCAGUCUUUCUCAGUCCAUUCCUUUGUAGCCCAGCGCUAACACAUGUUAUUCAUGCUGCCACCUCAGCAGCCUGCUAUAUCAUAUCAACGUGGUUCUUUUUAGUGGGGUCCUGUUGCUUUGAGGACGACAAUCCAGAAGAGCUGUGGAAUCACCGGCUAAACCGCACGGGCAGAAAGGCCAAGUAUCCAUGGAAACGGUCUCCUCAGUAACACCCCACUCUAUUUUGGUAUUUUUAGUACCCAUGCUUUCUGUUCUCUGCCUUGAAUGAGAUGAUGGAUAAGGAUUCAACAGUGAUGUCAUAAGUGUCCAGAUUCUUACAGAAUAGAUUAAUCCAAAUGAAACUGGAUGGAAGUGAAAAUCUAAUCAAAGCUUAUUGGUUGCGUACACAGUUUAGCAGAUGUUAUAGUGGGUGCGGUGAAAUGUUACUAGCAAUUCUGCAGUUUCUAACAUCUGACCUAAAAAGGGUAUUUUCAGAGACGAAAUCCAAUUCAACGACCAGUUUGAAAAGGGAGGGGUUGAUUGUGUUUGGGCAAUUAGUCUGGUUAGGGAUUGUUAUCCACACACAAGCCUGUGCUGUGAGGGUGACGGUUACACACGGCUACCUUCCUCAUUGUAGUAACUCACCUGCAUAUGUACUGAAUGGUUUGCUGUAAGGGAGUGAUUGGUCGAUAUAUACUGGUGAAUGAAUGUGAAGUGCAUCUUGAAAUGUCAGCACAAUCCUAAUUCAUUGAGUUAGUUUGUCUGGUGACUUUAGCCCUGUGUGUUCCUGUUUUGUUAUAACCCCCCCUGACUUCAUCAAUGGGUUCCCUUCCAUCAUGUUACUGACCUGACCAAGCUGGGACUCCACCAACGAUUGUGUUCCUGUUGAAAUGUGGUCAAUUUAGUCAUGAAUUAUUUUAUUCCAUGCAUCAAACCAGGCUGCUUUCAACAAAGCAGUCUGUGCAUUUUAAGUUAAUCGUUGGCCAUAUCAAAUGCAGUUUUUAUAUAUAUACGUAUAUUAUGAGUUGAGCACUUUCGUUAAAGGGGACCUGUCCUAAAUUGUAGAUAAAUAAAUCUAUUUAAAAUGGGAGAGCUCUUAAAGGGGCCCUUGGGUUGUUGUGCUCUUGUGAUGAUGAUUUGAGAGGCCUUAGAGGAACGCUGUUUGCAGUAAUAGUCCUUGGCGGUGGAACUAAGUCGGUGGCUGCAUUUUAAUAGUCAAAAGUAGUCUCCUUUCCUCAUCCCCUUUGCAUUUCUCCUUCAUCUGCACUGAUCUGAAAUCCCAGGAUAGGUUAAAGCCCUAUGGGCCAAAUGGGACAGGAGAGUGUCAUCUUACCUAUCCACCUGUUGCAGACUAGUGCAGGUGAAGGAAGGAGAUGAGAAAAGGACGCUAUUGUAGACUUCUGAGACAAACCCCCUUGUGUGAAUCCUCACUGAAUGCUGUUUGGGAUGUGGGUUUUGUUAACUGAACACAUACUAACUUAUAUUCACAGGUCUUUGUUGGAUUUAAUAAAAUAAAUGUAUGCCUACUGUAAACCGUGACUAGGUGAGCUGGCACUGAGCUGGCACAAUGAUAAUGUCAUGGGCUCAUGUAUAACAAAAAGGUGGUCCUUCUGGGUUGUAAACCUCUUUCUAUUGGACACAAGUGAUGGAGGUCUGUCCUGAUUGGGCAAAGACCCCUCUGAUGUCCAUCUUUCACGAAAGGUAGCCGCAAUGUUCAUGUGAUUGUAACUAUGACGACAGAAGCCUGUUUGAGGGCGAGAACUGGAUUGCAUUUCCUGUCAUUGUGACUCAUGCGUUUGGACGCGAGGACAAAAAAAAGAGCCUAUUCUUCUACAAGAGUUCUGAUCCUUUGUAUCCUACUGCUGUCAUAUGUGUCGUGUCGCCUCUAUGAACUAUGUAUUGUGUGGUGUUGUCUGAGGUGGUUCAAUGAAAAUCUGUACAUAUAUAUGAAAAUACACAAUCUAAUAUUCUC